AUGUUGACCGAUGCUUUUGAGGCACUCAUUUUAGCAAAUCAUCGACCAGUUCACGUUUCUGGAAACGCUCAUCUUUUCCAUUUAAAAAUCGCUUUCAGUUCGAAACCUAUAUCAGAUGACAGAGCUGGUAUUGCACUGACACGUUAUUCUGCACCUCCCUUCAUGCCUGAACACCAUGGAUCGUCGGCGGUUAACGAUCAGCGAAACGACAAGGUCUCUGGUGGUGGUUCUAAUGGGGAACAGGAGAAUGAAUUAGAUAUUCUGUCAAAAGUGGAGAAAGCUGAAGGUUAUGCAAAGCCUGAAUCAAAGGAGGACACAGUAGAUGCUAAAUCUGAUUCAGCUAAACCCUCGAAGAAUGAAGAAUCGAAGACUGCAUUAGACUCGUUGGAAGUGACCGAGAUUGAGUUGAUAUCACCAUUUAGCCAUUAG